GCUCUAACUACCACUCACACCCCCGAACCUUCCGCCUCCCACACCCAUUCCUCCGGCCACCCAGAACCUCACCAGAAUACCCGACAUUUGAAAAUCUGGUGCGACAAUGGUUGGCAAUCGCACAAAACCCACAAUCUCAAAACAAUGAAAAAACCAGCACUGUUGCCACCCCUGUUACCAUUAAGCUUGGAUUUGAGCAUAUAAUCUUGUGUUUGCAUCAUUUUUGGGAAUCUCCUCAACGUGGAAAGGCGACACAAUUAACAGAAGAGCAAAUCCCUGACCUUGCCGGAUUAAAGGUUAUGUGCUUUCUCUCAUGUUAAUGAUGCGCUGAGGACAUUCCAUCAGAUGGACGUGGUUUAUGCUUGCAAGCCUAACUCAUUUUCCUACGAUUAUUUGAUACAUGGGUUGUGUGCGCAAGGAAGAACAAAGAAUGCUUAAGAGAUAUGUAAUGAAAUGAAGACUUCAGGCUUCACCCCAAUUAAAUCUUAUAAUUCACUUGUCAAUGCUUUGGCACUUGGUGGAGAGACCGAGGAAGCAAUGAAAUAUCUGUGGGAGAUGACUGAAAAUCAGAGGUCGGUUGAUUUUAUUACAUAUAGGACUGUACUGGAUGAGAUAUGUAGACAAGGAAGAGUUGAGGGGGCAAUGAAGUUAUUGCAGGAGUUUCAAGAGAAGGACCUUGUUGAUGGGUAUGCUUGCAGAAAACUUCUUUAUGUGCUGGAAGAUGAUUAUGGGAAUUCAGUUAGCAGAGUUGAUCCAGGAGUUUUCCACAACAGCACUUCUGCUCAUGGCAGGACCCGAUAAAAAGGAAGGAUUUAUCACUGCCUGAUGCAUAUUCAAAGCAAUAUUCCCUUGGUUCAUCCCAUUCCUUGCAAUGUUCUUGAUCAAGAUUGACGGUGUUGAAACCAAUUCUCAGAAGAGAUAAGACGGCUCUCGUAUCGCAUAUUGGACUACAUCAGAUCAGAUGGGUUAUGGUACUCCAGAUUUCAUCAUUUGAGAGCCCAUACUCCCUUUCACAAAAGUUGCAGUUUUAUUCAUGUCAUGUCAAGAUUGAAUUUUUCUUUGGUAUGAGCUUCUCAGGUGGAAGCAUAAUUUGGAAGAACGGUGACCCACGGAAAAGACAGUUCUCUCUCUCUCUCUCUCUGGUGUCAGAAACAAAGGUCUCGUUAAUCCCCAGAUGCAGAAUACGCUGACAGAAGGUUGGCUUAACCUUGCAAUUUCGUCAAAGCUGCUGUAUAUUUACUUUUGUCCAAUUGUAUUGAAGGGAAAUUUUUUUCACUCAAAACUACAUAUAGCUAAAAAUAUAUACACACAUUUGAUUCCUAAUA